AUGAUAAGCGCAACAAUUCGAAGCCGAGUUCCAAAAAUCACAUUUCGCCGGCCGCCGCAAUUUCCAGAAGCUGCUGCCCAACUCAUGGAAAAUGGAGAUUUACGCAUCAAAUUUUCGAGAUGUACAGUUUUUUGAUAUUUAUUCACUUGAAAAAGUUGUUCACAACUAAUUUUUGCAGCUCUAAUUGUCCGAAAAGUCGAAAACGGCGAAAUUUUCAAUUGCAUAGAUGGAAUGAUGAGCAAAAAAGAGGGAGUUCACGGGCAAAACUUGACAAAAGUCAAUGAAGUUUUUGAGUAUUUGAAGAGAUUUGAGGCGUGUUUGAUGAGCGGAGGAAUGGGAAAUUUGCAGUGUUUUCCGAUUGUUUUUAGUGCCGGCGCCAAUGUGUAAGUGUUAUAAAUACAGAGAAAUGGUGAACUCGAAAUUAUAUUGUUUUUUUUUCAGAAAUAUUGCUAGUAAUAAUUCACCAUUUUCUAUAAUGCCAUCAACUUCGUCCACGACCAGAUUUGCUUUUAGUAAUAUUAAUAGUCAACAGAACCAGGUUGGUUGAUAUUUUUAAUUUUAAAGAAUUGGGAUCUUUUUCUCAAAAAGUGUUAAUUUUUCCACAAUUUUCCUCUAAUUUCCUUCUCAGCAUUUUUAUUUUCAAAAAAUGAACAUUUUCAGAUUCCUCGAUCAGCUCCGUUUCAAGUAAAUCGUCAACAACAACAAUCCGAAUCCACAUACUCGAAUAUAAAAACUCGAAUAUCCGAACAACCAUUUCAUCAAAAAGGCAACGAUUUUCCACAAAACGAUGAGAAUUCGCGGCAAAUUCCGAAAUUCAAAUUCAAAAUGGACAAAAAUAAUCGAACAAUUGCAAUUCACGCAAAAGACGGUCGACUUUUGCGUCAAUCGACACGGGAUUUGGCGCAAUUCAUUUUCACUGAUCCAUCAAUUCGACCCGACGAAGUUCGAUUUCGACGUGGAACCGAUCGACCGCCUGAAAGAGCCGCCGAAUUAUUACACUAUCUUUUGCCCAAAUUAUCGGCGAAUUAA